AUGGAAUUGACUGACGACCGGCGGCUACGAGGAGAUACUUCCUUUCCUGACGUUGGAAGGCUUUCAGCGAACUCGGAGGUGGGCGGAAAGAGGAGUGAGGAGGAGAAGACCGUUGGGCAUACAGAAGAAACGAGGAAGAGGCUGGAAGAAGAAGAAGAAGAAGAGGAGGAGUUUGAGAGCGACGCCGAGGCCGAACGCCUUCUGCGGACCCUUCUGGCGAGACCAGACGCCGCGCCUCGGGAGCAUCCCUUCCAAGUGCGUGCGGUCGUCGGAGCUCCGGGCGUUGUCGAGGACAAGCUGACCGGGGCUCAGUUUGCAGUCAAGUUUCCAUGGCGACCGGCCAGUGGACUGGUCCUCUCGCCACGCCUGCAAACCACUUGCCCCUGGAGCCUUGUCGAGUGCAAGAGUGGUGAAUUCAGUGUCUCGUUCGCAGUUCGCCUACACGCUCGCAACAACAGCUCUUCGAAGCUCGGGCGACAAGAGGUCAAUCUCUUUUCACUGCUUCUUCUACUCCCCGACCAGCCUGGACUCGGAUCACGACCUUUGCUGCUCCGAGUCUCUGUUUUGCCGACAGUCGGCCAAUUACGUCUGGCAUUUCUCGAGCCUCGAGCCCUAGACAGCCCCAAGACCGGACUGAAUAUCACCACUUCUGAUGAUGCUGACUUUGCACUGUUGGCACAAGUCUCACGGCCGGAUCGGCUAACUGGGCGUACUGGAGAUGUAUUUUCUGUCUGGACGAACCUUGGCUUUACUGUUAACUUUCGGAAGACGGACUCAAAGUCGGCACCCAUUCUCACCUACGUUAACAACAAACAGUUGUCUGUGAACGUUGAAUUGGACGGCAUGCCUGUUGACAGUGUAAGCCUGGACUCUACGCCGGCGCCUGAGAGUGCCCAAGUUAAAGUCCCACUCGCCGGUCUCGACAGUACCUUAGGUCAGCUCAAACCGAGCUUACUUGGUCAGCCGCUCAUCUUCUUCGGAUCUGUCACAGACGUGACUAGCCAGUUUCUCCAUAGACCUUUCGAGGCCAAUUGGGAAUCGAAUAGUCAGGUCUGGGAUUCUAGUACAGCGGAGGUGGAUGUUGAAUUGCGUGAAUGGCAACUGACGCAUCCAGACACGGUACGGCCUCGAAGGCCACGUCGUGAUGGGGCUCAAGUCACGGCCUCAGUGUCGGUUUCCAAGGAUGACUUUUAUGCAGAAAGAUUCAGACGUAACAAGUGGCCUUAUGGCUUUUCACCGGAGAAGAUGCAUCAGAUGCAACAGGCUGCAAGUACAAUAGCCUCUGUCAACUACGAGCAGAAUGGUGGAUAUGUGCGCUAUGACUUUCGUAACCGUAUAAAGACACUGCCCAACGACCCAGAGGAGGUGACUCUUGACUUCAGCCUGCCCAAAGGCAUAACUUCGGGCCUACUCUGGUUUGCCGAUGAUGUGAACUCAAAGAGCUAUCUGUUCAUCAAAGUGAGUGUGAUGAUAGAAUUUUAA